ACAAGCACGUCGCCGUCGACAACAUGAAGUCCGUCCUCAUCACCGGCUGCAAUCGCGGGCUAGGCCUGGGUCUGGUGCAACAACUAGUGCAGCGGCCGACUCCGCCGAAACACCUCAUCGCCACAUGCAGGAACCCGCAGCAGGCAGAGGCUCUUACGUCGAUUGCUGCCCAGCACAGGAACCUACACGUGCUGCAAAUAGACGUAAAAGAUUUUGACAGUUACGACAAUUUCGCCAAGCAGGUGCAGUCGAUCGUAAAGGAUGACGGCAUCAACGUCCUGUUCAACAGCGCCGGGAUCUCGACCAAGUUCACCAGGGUGAACCUGGUGAAGGUGGACCAGAUGACCGACAACUUCCUCACCAAUACUGUGGCCCCGUUGAUGCUCACCAAGGCGCUGCUCCCCUCGCUCAAGAAGGCAUCGCAGCAGAACGCGGCCGCGCCGACGGGGGCGCAGAGGGCCGUCGUCGUCAACAUGAGUUCCGUGCUGGGCUCCAUCGCCCAGAACAACCAGGGCGGCUUCUACCCCUACCGCGCCAGCAAGUCGGGCCUGAACGCCGUGACCCGGUCGCUGAGCGUGGACCUCAAGGACGACGGCAUCCUGGUGGUGAGCCUGCACCCCGGCUGGGUGCAGACGGACAUGGGCGGCAAGGGCGCGCCGCUCACGGUGGAGCAGAGCACGCAGGGCAUGCUCAAGUUCGUGGAAGGCCUCGGCGCCAAGCAGAACGGUGGCUUCUACCAGUACGACGGCAAGGAGCUGCCCUGGUGAUGCGCCGUCCCAUCCGCCACGCCGCCCACUGUGCCACGCCACGCGCCGAGGGCGCCAAGGAAGGGCCUUCGCCGCGUCACGGUGACGGAUGAAGACGGAGGGCUGAAGGGUCCUUCCACGCCGCGGCCACGCGUCGAGCUUGUCUGCCAAGCGACUCAGAAGAGCGGCUUGUCGCUCUGUCUCCCUCGCUCUCACAUGGAGAGCCUCACGAGUGCGACAGAGACAGAGCGACGACUCUUCUGAAUCGCUCGGCACGGCAGGCCUAGAGUCCUCUACUCCGGCCGCCACCGUCACCGUAAUGCCGAUUGGCUGGCCUGCUCUUAUCUCUGCCGUGACGCGCUGCAAGGCGGCCCUCGGCAGGCUGUCUAGAGUCCUACACUGUGGCUCUAGCUCUGUCGGGACUCUGCAGUCUGCACACGGAGGUCUGCAGGCCCUGCAGGCACUCGCCGGCAAUUGUACAAAGAUAGACAGUUUUGUGGACUGUUGGUAGAAGUGCACAGUGUAUGUACAUAGAUCAAUAAAAGGGAAAAAUUUGGUGAA